AUGAGAGCUUUGGUGUGGAAUUGUCAAGGAGUGGGGAGCCCCUUGACAGUUCCCCACCUGAGGGAGGUGAAUAACCUCCUCUCUCCAAGCCUUAUUUUCCUAAGUGAGACAAAAAAUAGAAAACAGGUGUUGGAUAGGAUUGCUAGAGGUUUACGUUUUGACAACAGUGCAGUGGUAGAAGCUAUGCACAAGGCAGGAGGAAUGGCAAUUUUUUGGAAGGAGGAAACACAAGUUCUGGAAGUUAAUCUAACAGCCUUCACUAUUGAAGUCAGGUUAGAGGAUGACGUUAAGCAUUGUGACUGGUGGUUUAUAGGAGUUUAUGCGAGUUGUGAUAGUCAGAUAAGGAAGGAACAAUGGAGAGUUUUGAGAGAUAGAAGCAGGUUGUGGGGAGAUAGAUACAUGAUCGCAGAUAUAGGCUUUGAGGGACACUCUUGGACUUGGAGUAACCAUUGGGAGGAUGAAGGAGAAAUUAGGCAGAGAUUAGACAGAUGCUUGGCCAGUUAUGAAUGGGUUCAAACUUUUGAUAAAGCUAAAUGCCAGCAUAUGGACACUUAUGCUUCUGAUCACAGCAUUUUGUGCUUAGAUACCGAUCCAGAAAAGGGGAAAAGGAAACAAAGGUUCUUUUUUGAUAAAAGAUGGUUGCAUAAGGAAGGGGUGCAACAGGUAGUGGAGCAAGCUUGGCAGAAGGAUGAACCUGGUUCACGUAUGUUUAAGAUUACAAGGAAGAUCAGAAACUGUAGAAUUGAGUUACUAAAAUGGAGGAACACGUUCCAAGCAAACUCUAAAAGGAAAAUUGUGGAGGUAAGGAAAAGACUGGAGGCCGUAAGUAGCUCUGAGGCUGCUAGUAAGAAGGAGAUGAUGACUGAGCUAAAGAACCAGCUUAAGGAAGCAUAUCAGGAAGAGGAGAAAUUCUGGAGCCAAAAGGCAAGGCUUGACUGGCUCAGGGAAGGAGAUAAAAACACUAAGUAUUUCCAUGCCUUUGUGAAGGGGAGAAGGAUUAAGAAUAGAAUCAGGAAACUGCAGAGGGAGAAUGGCUCUUGGGCUGAAAGUGAAGAAGAAAUAGUAUCAGAAAUCUCUGGUUUCUUUCGAGAAUUGUUCACAAGUGGAGGAAGGAAUGAUAUGUCAGAGAUCCUUGAGGGUAUUCCCCAUUCUAUUACUCAGGAAAUGAAUACAAAUUUGACUAAACCAGUAGAGGAAGAAGAAAUACAGUCAGCUAUUUUUUCCAUGCAGUCUGAUAAAGCUCCAGGACAUGAGUACAUGCAUUACCUCAAAAAUAAAAGGCAAGGGAAAGAAGGUUUCAUGGCAAUCAAGCUUGACAUGGCCAAAGCAUACGAUAGAGUGGAGUGGCAUUUUUUGCAAGCUAUGAUGCAGAAGAUGGGCUUUUGUGCAAGAUGGAUCAACUGGAUUACUAGCUGCUUGAGUUCAGUAUCUUAUUCCUUCAAUUGCAAUGGGGAAUCUAAAGGUUUUGUUACUCCAGAAAGGGGAAUAAGGCAGGGAGAUCCUCUGUCUCCAUACUUAUUCCUGAUAUGCUCAGAAGGAUUCUCCAACCUUUUGAAGAAAGCUGAGGAGAGGAAGGACAUAAAUGGUCUGAGGAUCAGCAGGCAAGGUCCUCUCAUCACACACCUUUUCUUUGCUGACGACUCACUCAUUUUUUGCAAAGCCAACAACAGGCAAGCCACUGAAGUCAUGAAGAUUCUUAGAACCUACGAAAAGGCUUCAGGACAGUUGAUUAACUUGGAUAAAUCAGCUAUCUUUUUCAGCAAGAAUGUGUCGAGGGAGCUCAGAAGAGAAGUGUGCAGUUCCUUAGGAGGAAUGGCUGAGAUGAAACAAGGCAAAUAUUUGGGGCUGCCUAUGGUGAUUGCCAGGACUAAGGACCAGAUAUUUGGGUUCAUCAAGGAAAAUAUAAGAAGAAAGCUGCAGGACUGGAGGAAUAAGUUUCUGAGUAAUGCAGGUAAGGAAGUGCUCCUCAAGGCAGUGUCAAUGGCAAUGCCUACUUAUGCUAUGUCCGAUUUCAAACUACCUAGGAAGAUGUGUAAAGACAUCAGCUCUAUGAUGGCCAACUACUGGUGGGGAGAAACAAAUGGCAAGAACAAAAUGCAUUGGGUUUUCUGGAGGAAAAUGUCAAUGAAGAGGAAUGAAGGAGGCCUGGGAUUCAAGGACAUUGAAGCUUAUAAUAAAGCCUUGCUUGGGAAACAGAUUUGGAGAAUAAUCACUAAACCGAACCUCCUGGUUAGCAAAGUGCUGAAAGCUAGAUACUUCCCCAAAGACUCCAUUUUAUCAUGCAAAACACAUAGGAAUGCGUCAUGA